CACCUGCGCAGUGUUGUUCAGCCUGUCUUUCCAGCGGGGCGGCUAGUGUGGCGAUAUCACAACCCCAAACUCCACGUAGACCACGGGCUAAGGAAUAACACACAGAUGGCUCCAAAGAAGGGAGAAGCACCCAAAGAGGCUCCACUGAUUGGACGAUUCGGCACAUCUCUGAAAAUUGGAAUAGUGGGAUUACCUAAUGUCGGGAAAUCUACUUUUUUCAACGUGCUGACCAAAAGUCAAGCAGCGGCAGAGAACUUCCCAUUCUGCACCAUCGACCCAAACGAGAGCAGGGUACCUGUUCCCGAUGAGCGCUUUGACUUCCUCUGCCAGUACCACAAACCAGCCAGUAAAGUCCCUGCCUUCCUAAAUGUUGUGGACAUCGCUGGUCUGGUGAAGGGAGCUCACGCAGGACAGGGACUUGGAAAUAACUUCCUCUCCCACAUCAGUGCCUGUGAUGCCAUUUUCCACAUGACCCGUGCAUUUGAUGAUGAGGACAUUGUCCACGUGGAGGGUAACGUAGACCCGGUGAGAGACAUUGAAAUCAUCCACGAGGAACUGCGGCUAAAAGACGAGGAACUGAUUGCUCCAAUUAUUGACAAACUGGAGAAAACCGCCGUCAGGGGAAGCGACAAAAAACUGAAACCUGAAUAUGACAUCAUGUUGAAGAUACAUAACUGGGUGGUAGAGGAGAAGAAACACAUCAGAUUUUGCCAUGAUUGGAACGAAAAAGAGAUUGAAGUGUUGAAUAAACACCUUUUACUGACGUCCAAGCCCAUGAUCUAUCUGGUGAAUCUCUCGGAAAAGGAUUACAUCAGAAAAAAGAACAAGUGGCUGGCAAAAAUCAAGGAGUGGGUCGAUGCUCAUGACCCUGGUGCGCUGGUGAUUCCUCUGAGUGGAGCGGUGGAGUCCAAGCUGCAGGAAAUGGAGGAAGAGGAGAGGAAUAAGUUCUGUGAGGAGCAGAAGACCCAGAGUGUUCUGACCAAAAUAAUAAAGACCGGCUAUGCAGCGCUGCAGCUGGAAUAUUUCUUCACAGCGGGCCCAGAUGAGGUGCGAGCUUGGACCAUUAGGAAAGGUUCAAGGGCUCCUCAGGCUGCAGGAAAGAUUCACACUGACUUUGAGAAAGGCUUCAUCAUGGCUGAGGUGAUGAAGUACAGCGACUUCAAAGAGGAGGGCAGUGAGAAUGCAGUCAAGGCUGUGGGCAAAUACAGACAACUGGGCAGGAACUACAUCGUGGAAGACGGGGACAUCAUCUUUUUCAAAUUCAACACACCCAACGCCCCCAAAAAGAAAUAAUGAGAUGACACAAUCACCAGAGGGAGAGCUCAGAAUACUGCUCGGUACUGCAGAGAGCUACACUGUCUGCUGGUUUUCAUUUUUCUCUCGUAAAUUCAGAGGAUCAACAAGAGCCUGGACCAGAAUAUCUGGAGAGUUAACAUUUUUUUUAUACAACAUUAAUUCCUAUGUCAACAAAUGUGAGCAGCUUUUGAAACUGCACAGCCAGUCAAAUAUUUUGGAAAAAGAAGCAACAAAUAAGUUUAGUUAAAAAUAUCAACUUAGUGUUUUACUGGAAAUCAGAUUAGAAGCCUGAAGCUGAAUUUAAAUUGCUUACUUGAUUAAAGCUCUGAAUGUAGCAAAGCAUCCCCAGUUUAAUAAGUGUUAUUUUUCAUCAUUUAAAGCUUUAAGAUACUUAGAGGAAUCAAAUGUGGUCUUAAAGAUAAAUAUAAAUGAAACCUUUGAGCGACGAAACCUUAUCUUAAAGUCGACACUUGCCUCUAUGAUCCUAAUGAGUCUUUAAAUUAGUGUGUUAUCAUCAUUAAUAAACAGUGUAGUAGUUUCCUUGUCAGAGUUAACAAAAACGACCCUAUUCUGAUUUGGUACUUGGAACUUUUCAUAGUUUCCCCGUUAGUUGAUCUUCCCUAGAUUAACAAAGUUGUAUCACUUGAAACAAGAAAAUAACAAAAAAUUCUAACUUCAUAAUUUGAUGGCCAGAGAGUUUACUUCAUAAGAGAGAGAAAUCCAUCACCGUGUUGCCUUCAGGCGCAGUGUCGGGCUGUAUUCUGAGCAGAAGAGCUAUUUUAGACAGACCAAUGCAGGCAUCCCUGACGGUGCCAACCCUUGAACAGAGGAUGUUGUCAUACAUAAAAAUUAUACAGCUGCUUUUAUUGACUAUUUGGGGCUUGUGGAAAAAAAGGACUCUUCACGUUAUGAACUCUAUCCUGCUUUAUGAGACAAUUCUUCUUUGUGAAUUCUGGAGCGCUACAAGAGAAAAGCUUUCCAUCGUCUGGACUACAUCUGGUUUCACCUGUUCUCAGUACCUUCACAGUGUGAUUGUCUUUAUUUUCCAGAGAAUUUACCUUCACCUUUCCAAAUAACAUGCCAAAUUUGCAGAAGCAGAAGCUCGGCCCUCUUUAUGAAGAAAGCUUGAAAGAUGUUACUGCAGGUCUAAUAACUAACAAUCUCAUUGAUAUGCAUGUCAAUAAAUGGAGACAAACCUCUGUCAUUA